AUUUUAAAAUUAAUUUGUGUUCGUGGUUUUUCCAUUUAGAUCCACCCUUUUCACCCUUCGUAAUGGCCCAUGUUGCAAGGUUAAUAUCAGGCUGUCGCCAGUCUUUUCAGACAGUCCUCCAGCGAAAUGCUGGUGUAGUUGGGACAGUACCAGUGAGACACCUCAACUUACAGGAGUACCAAAGUAAGAAGCUGAUGCAGCAGUAUGAUGUUAACGUUCAGAAGUUCAUGGUUGCUGAUGAUGCUCAACAAGCUGUCCAGCAAGGCAAAGACUUGGAUGUGAGAGAGAUUGUAUUGAAAGCUCAGAUACUGGCAGGAGGUAGGGGUAAAGGAACAUUCUCUAGUGGUCUCAAAGGAGGAGUUCACCUAACCAAAAACCCAAAUGAUCUUGGUCCAUUAGUAGAACAGAUGCUUGGAGCCAAACUCACCACCAAACAAACUCCCAAGGAUGGGGUACUUGUUAAAAAGGUAAUGGUAGCAGAGGCAUUAGAUAUUGAAAGGGAAACAUAUUUAGCCAUCUUAAUGGACAGAGGUAUGAUGGGACCGGUCCUUAUUGGUAGUCCAGCUGGUGGAGUUGAUAUCGAAGAGGUAGCAGACAAAACCCCAGAGCUUAUAUUCAAGGAACCUAUUGACAUUUUUGUUGGCAUCACUGAUGAACAAGCUGUUACCAUGGCAAAGAAUCUUGAUUUUAAAGGGGAUCUUAUCAGGGUGGCAGCAGACCAAAUCAAGAAUUUAUAUAAAUUAUUCCUUGGAGUUGAUGCCACACAAGUUGAAGUCAAUCCUUUUGGAGAAACAGAUGAUGGAAGAGUGGUAUGCUUCGAUGCCAAGAUCAACUUUGAUGACAAUGCAGAGUUCCGUCAGAAGGAGGUCUUUGCAAUGGACGACAUGACCGAGGCAGACCCCAAGGAAGUUCUAGCAGCUGAACAUAACCUUAACUACAUUAGUAUGGAUGGCAAUAUUGGAUGCUUAGUAAAUGGUGCUGGACUGGCCAUGGCAACCAUGGAUAUCAUCAAGCUUCAUGGCGGAGAGCCAGCAAACUUCUUAGAUUGUGGUGGUGGAGUAGGAGAGUCUCAGGUCUUUGAAGCAUUUAAACUUAUCAGCUCAGAUGAAAAUGUAAAAGCUAUCUUAGUGAAUGUAUUUGGAGGUAUUGUAGAUUGUUCCAUAAUUGCUAAUGGCAUCACAUCAGCUUGCAGAGGAAUGGAUCUUAAAGUACCCCUUGUGGUCAGGUUAGCAGGGUUCAAUGUAGAGAAAGCUACUAACAUUCUCAACGAUAGUGGUCUUCCAAUUAAAAUUGCUUCUGAUCUUGAAGAUGCUGCCAAGAAAGCUGUGUCUUGCCUUAAUUAACAACAUAGUAGAAAGGCCCAUUGACAUGAACAGGAUUCUAUACUGGAUUCAAAGGAUACAUCAAGCUUUAUCCAUACAUGGCACAAUGAACUGCCCUACAACUUUGCUGUGGUAAUAGAAAGACAUCAAAUGACAGGUCCUGAAUAUCGAUAACCCAUUUUAAUCAAAAUUGGACAAACAACCUUUUAGAACCCAGCUCUGAAUAUGUCACAUGUAGAUUUGUGAUCUAGCUACUGCAAUAUUUUUGGCCACCGCUGGAUUAAUGGGCUGGAUUCUACACUUUGUGUGAAGAAUGAAUCAUUUAGCUGGAUACUGUCACUUUAUGUGAUAGAAGAAUCUGCUGAAAGUGAAGAAGUCAUUAUACUCAAGAUGUCCCCGUUGACUGGGAAGUCUCUUUACCUUGGGCUAAUAUAUUCCACUACAGGUCAUGGAUGUAGAUAUUUGACAGAUUGCAUAUAGCAGUUAAAAUUUAUUUCAAACCUCCGUAAUGCUAUCAUAUGCCGACAUAGGUAUGGCAAGACAUUUUACCUCUUCAUCAUAUGAAUAACAAGAUUCCAAUUCUUAAAUUUGUUGAUAUCAAGAAAUCAUUUAGUAUCGUUAAUAAAAUAACAAUUACAGAUAUCUAGAAUUGAAUUUUUUAUACAAGAAGUGGAUUAAAUAAUAAACAACUUGCAAAAGAGGUUUGUAUGUCAGCAUAUGCAGGCUUAAACAUCGAGGUGUGACCACUCUUUUUAAAGGAGAUACAUUGUGUUAUUAUAAAUGUUAUCUUAAAUUGUGACCAUUGUCAUGUGAGAAAACCAAAGCAAAAUAUGCCAGCGGGUAAUAUUUAUGUAUUAAUGUUGAUGUUAUUGGGCUUUUCUUGUGUUUGUGAUACAGCAGAGUUAUAUAUACAAUAUACAACAUGAUUGUGAAAGUGAGGAAGUAUUUUUGCUUUUUAUAAUUAGUAAACUACUGUACAUUCAACCCCCGAAUUAGUAAUUUAUGAUUCAAUUCAAAUAUGCAAUUGCCAAUAAUGUUUGGUAAUUUCCCUGAUCAAAUAAUCUACUGAUGAAUUUUUUCAAUCAAAAUUAUCUUGAAGAAGAUGAUUCAUAAAACAUUGAUCAUGGAGCCAACCAUAUUUAGGAUAUGCGCAUGUGAUGUCAGAUCAUAAGAAUCAAAAGAAUAUAAUGACUCUGAAAUAUUGAUUCUUGUUGAUUUUGGAAAGAAAUGAGUUAUACCAGUGCCUAUGGCACCUGAGUAUUCAAGCUUCUGGAAUUUAUCCCAACUCUUUACAUAUCAGAGAAAUAGCAGCUCUCUGGGAUUUGUUUGUACUUCGAGGUGCCAAUUGCAUAUUUUGGCAUGUUAAGAGUCAAUAUGAUAUAUAAUAAGCAAUAUGUAUAACAGAAAAAGAAGUCAAUUGUAAAAGAAGAUAAAAGCUCUUUGUGUCAAUCAGGAUGAUAUGUUAAGUGUAGCAUAUUUCUUUUUUAAAUCUACAUUUGUAAUGUUACUCCACAAAUUUAUCCUUUUUAAAGGGAUUUGCUCUUGACACUUCUUAUCACCUCAAUAGGCAGGCAAAGAUAUUCAUAUUAAAUCAGUUGUGAGGUAAUGACAUAAUUAAAGUUGCAUGCACAAUCACCCACUGAUGUAAUCAUGGUUAGAAAAGUGGUUUGUGAUUUUAUUCUUCAUCUACAUAUUUCAUCUGCAUUAAUGGAUAUGAAGAUUAGUAAAACAAACCAAAAUAUAUUUAUGAUUGACAUAUUUCAUCUCAUAAAUUGAUCGGAAACAAUAUUCCUUCAUUAUUGGCAGUAUUAUAUGAUGAGCAUCAUAGUGUAAAUGGAUAUUUAUAGCGACAAGUAGUGUUUCUUAUUGCACAAGAUGUAUGUUUGAGCCAUGAGGAGACCGAUUCCUCAAAAAUCAUUCCUAUCAAGUGCUUGUUAGUAAUGAUAUUGAAAAUAAAUCAAUAUUUUAUUUAAAA